AUGAAGAUUAAGGUAUAUUUCCUUAUAGAGAGAAUGCAAAAUUAUAUAUCAUUAAGCAGAACCUAGCAUUUUUAGAAAUAAAAUAUAUUGGCAAUUUUUGGAGGUUAUGAGCUUAUUGAGGAAGCAUAAAAUUUCUCAACAAUUUAUCGAAAAGGAAUAUUUUAGAGCUUGACUUUAACCCUGAUCAUUCUGUAUCUCAAGCUAAAAAAACAAUUGCAAGCUUGCUUGGUGUCCCAAGCAAAACGAUAAGGUUGUUGACAUAUCGAUGUGGGCUUCAAGUUUUAAUGAGCGAUUCAUGGCCGCUUAGAUUUUUUAUUUCAGACGAUUUUUCAACUAUAAAAGUAGACAAAUUCAAAUUUGCAAUUGAAAAUUCUGUAGCAUCUAUUUACUUAUUAACAAGGCUUUUCUAUGAUUUUCUUUGGUUUUACUUUCUAAAUAAUUUUUCAUUUUCCCAGUUUUUCAGUAAAUAAUAAUUUGUUUUAAUAAAAAUUUAAGAAUGAAAAUACACCACGAAAGUUGAGAAGAGCUUCCACAUAUAUGGAUACUUUAGGGCGUGGAAAUUAUUUCCCCACCAGCAGAGAGUAUGGGCCUUUUGAUAAAGUUAUUGACGAGUGCAUAUUGGGGAAUUUAACAGAUUUAAAGAAGGUUGUCGAAAUUUAUGAAAAUGAAGUCCCUGAUGAUGAAGAUAUUUUGAACCAAACCCAAGGAUGCUUGUGGAGUCCUUUACAUUAUGCAUGCUAUUAUGGGCAUAGCCAUAUAGUCGAAUAUUUAGUGAGUAGAAACGUAAAUGCGAAUAAAGUAACAAUAGAUGAAUGGACGCCACUUCAGCUUUGCUGCUAUCAAGGGAAUAUUGAUGCUGUAGCUGAACUGCUAAAACACCCAAAUCUUCAAAUAAAUAAAAUGACAAAAUUCCGAGGAACAGGACUUCAUCUUGCAUGUGAAAGAGGCUUUAUCGAUAUCGUAAAAAUGCUUCUUGACAAAAGCGCCUGCAUGACUUUAGAAGAUCCCAAAGGCAAAACGCCGAUAGAAGUCUCAACAGAAGUCGAAAUUUUAUCAAUAAUCCCUGUAUAUCUUGGCCAAGAACAGCUGAAAAAAUAUACACAAAUAUCAGACUCCCUCACCUGUUUUUGUGGAGAAGUCUGGAUGACUGGCUCUUUAUUUAUUCACGACAAAUCAGUAUUCUUAUACAUGGACCCAGAAAAAGGCACUAUAGAUAGGCAUCAAAAUAAAGAAAAUUAUUUAGAUGGGGUAGCUCCAGAAUCAACGCUUUUAUUAACUGAUAUUCAAGAUAUAAGGCUUUCAGGUGGCAAUUCUUUUGUUAUUGAAACCUCCAAAGCAAGCUACAAAUUUUACACAAAAUAUGCAGAUUUAACAAAAGAAUGGGUCAAUAGGAUCAAGCAGGGCGUAAAUUAUUGCUUAAUCACAAAGCCAAUAGAAAAAACCAAAAAAACAUUUACAGAAGCUAUAGCUAACGAAAUCAUAGAAGACGAAACAGUUUCAACCACAGCAGACGCUGCAAAUUCAGUAGAAGCAGAUGAAAAGGAAGUGGUUAAUUUUAAUAGUUUUUCUAUAUUAGAAGAAAUAGGUAGCGGAUCAUUUGGAAUAGUGUAUAAAGUCCAAAAAAACAACACAGAUGAAAUAUAUGCUAUGAAAUCUUUAUCUAAAGCUACAUUACAAAAAGCAAAACAGCUGAAAUAUGCUAUCAGUGAGUGCAAAAUUAUGAAGCAGCUAAAGCACCCUUUUAUAGUGACUCUGCAUUAUGCAUUCCAAACAAGCAAGUUUUUAUAUUUAAUUCUUGAACUGUGCCCUUAUGGAGAUCUUUUAGGUCAAAUUGAGUCUAAAGGAUACCUCAGAGAAAAUGAUGCCAAAUUUUAUUUACUCCAGCGAACAAAAUAAUCCACUACUAACCAAAGGUUAUUUUUUUUUAAAAUUUUAGUUAAAAGAAUUUUUUUAUUUAAAAUAAUCCAAAUUAAAAAUUUUGCUCAUUAUCAAAAGGGUACUAAUUUUCCAAAAAAAUAUUCAAGGGAGAGCUAGCUGAAAUUAUAUUGGCAUUGGAGUAUCUACAUUCGCUAGAUAUUAUAUAUAGAGACUUGAAGCCGGCGAAUAUCCUUAUAGACCAAGGAGGGCAUGCAAAACUUGCUGAUUUUGGCUUAGCCAAAGAAAAAGUCGACAAGAAUAAUCCUGCAAUGACCAUGGCAGGCUCGCCAGCUUAUUUGCCCCCAGAAAUUGUUUCAAAAAAAGGAGCAAGUAAAGCCUCAGAUAUCUAUGGAAUUGGCCCACUUCUAUACGAGCUUCUUACAGGAACUCCUCCUUAUUACUCAACAGACAUUGAUGUUUUGUUUCAAAACAUAAAGCAAGGCCGUUUAUCAUUCCCUCCAAAUAUGAGUAUACCCAAUAUAAAUAAAUAAGCAAAAAAAAUUGCUAAAAACCUUCUAUUAUAUUUAUCCCUCCAAUUUACCCUACUUCAUCAUAUCAGUGCAAAUGCAAAAGACCUUAUCAACCUCGUCAUGAACCGAGACCCUCUCAAGCGUCCACAGAUCUCGCAAAUAAAGCGACACCCUUUUUUCCGUAAACUCGACUGGGAAGCCUUACUCGCCAAGCGCAUUCGUUCCCCCAAGCUUGGCGGCUCCACAGAUUCCUUAUUUUUAUGUGAUGAUAAUUAA